AGCAGGUGACGAGGCGGAGAUUACAGGAGAUGCCAGAAGAACGCUUAGCCUAAUUCCUGGCUCAGGGGGGAGACCUGGAUGGAUCACAACUUUGAGCUGCAGCAGCAUGGAGCCCCCAGCCCUGGAACCUCUGUCUCCCGCAGCCACCUGCUGGGGCGCCCUGCCCGCUCCUCAAAGCUCCCUGGAGGGGUGUCACCCCUCAUCCCUGUCCUCAGGAAAACCAUCCGUCUGGAUGCCUUCCCUCAAAGCCACAUCCCACAGGCUCCCAACCGACCCAGCCUUGGGGCCAGGGCCCAGAGUGUGCCCCCGCUGGAGACCACGCCCCGGAAGCUCAGCUCCAUCUCCUUAACACUCCGUCAGAACAGCCAGGCAUGGCCGGUGCGCCCCCCGUCUUCUCACUGGGGAGAGCUGCCCACCUCGGGCAGGGAGGCUGCCACCCACGGAGGAGGGAGGCUGCCCCCCCCAGGCUCACGAUCUAUUUCCCUAGUGCCAGUGGGCAGAGUCCACUCUGAGGGCCCAGGGAACCCAGGAUUGGCCAAACCCAGCAGGAUGCCCACAGUGGAGAAGCCUCUGGUGAGCUCCUACCUGGCCCUGCCAUUUCAAUCCCGGUUAGUCCAGAAAACACCAGGCCCUGCAGGGCCAGGCUCAAUAGGUCAGAAACACCCUGUCCCAGCGACUGCCCACAUGACUGCCAGAACUUCUCCAGGAAGAGGCAAGCCCCGGUUCAGGGGUAUCCCGAGACCCCGGCUGCAUCUCCAAAGGGCCGCCUCCACCACAACUCCUGCGACAGCCAUGGAUUUGGCUCCUCUGGACACAACCAGGCCAGGCACAGCCAGACAUGUAGCCACAAUGGCCACCAACAGACCUAACCUGACUAUCAAUCCGGCCACGUCACGCAUACCCGCACUGGAUACAGGCACAGAAUCCCCUGCUCUGGACACCAAGCCGGGCACAGCCAUGGACUUUGGUACAGAAGGCACAAGCAACUUGGCCAUGGUCAUGGAUUUUGUAACUCCAGACCCAGAGAAACUGGGCAAAGCCAUAGCUACAGCGGGCACAGCCCCAUCAGCUAUAACCACAAGGGGUACAGCUAUGGAAUUGGUGGCACCAGGCACAGUCAAGCUGGGCACCGCCAGGACAGAUGCAGCCAUGGCCUUGGCUAGAGCAAAUACAGCCAAGCUAGACAUAACUACGGAUGCUUUUCCUUUGGACACAAGCAAGCUGGGCACAGCCAUGGGGGAGACCACACUGGACAGAGUCAUUAGCCUGACCACAUCAGCCACCUACCCACUGAUGCCAAGCACAGAGCCAGCUCUGGACCAUGCUACUGCGGAUGCUGUGACAGACGGGACCGCAGAGCCCAUCGUGCGGGACCUAGCCAGAGAAACCGAAGGGCUCCCAGAGGCCAGGACGGACGCAGCCAUGUCAGAGCUGGUGCCUGAGCCCAGGCCUAAGCCGGCAGUGCCCAUGAAGCCCGUUAGCAUCAACUCAAACCUGCUGGGCUACAUCGGCAUCGACACCAUCAUCGAGCAGAUGCGCAAGAAGACCAUGAAGACUGGCUUCGACUUCAACAUCAUGGUGGUCGGUCAGAGCGGACUGGGCAAGUCAACGCUGGUCAACACGCUCUUCAAAUCCCAGGUGAGCCGCAAGGCCUCCAGCUGGAACCGAGAGGAGAAGAUUCCCAAGACUGUGGAGAUCAAAGCUAUUGGACACGUGAUAGAGGAAGGCGGGGUCAAAAUGAAGCUGACGGUCAUUGACACCCCGGGCUUUGGAGACCAGAUCAACAAUGAAAACUGCUGGGAGCCCAUCGAGAAGUACAUCAAUGAACAGUAUGAGAAGUUCCUGAAGGAGGAGGUCAACAUUGCCAGGAAGAAACGCAUCCCCGACACCCGUGUCCACUGCUGCCUCUACUUCAUCUCCCCCACAGGACACUCCUUGCGACCUCUCGAUCUGGAGUUCAUGAAACACCUCAGCAAAGUUGUGAACAUCAUCCCUGUCAUUGCUAAGGCUGACACCAUGACCCUGGAGGAGAAGUCUGAAUUCAAGCAAAGGGUUCGAAAGGAGCUUGAAGUAAAUGGCAUUGAGUUCUAUCCACAGAAGGAAUUUGAUGAGGAUUUGGAGGACAAGACGGAGAAUGACAAGAUCCGGCAGGAGAGCAUGCCUUUCGCUGUGGUGGGUAGCGACAAGGAGUACCAAGUGAAUGGCAAGCGGGUCCUCGGCAGAAAAACUCCCUGGGGGAUCAUCGAAGUGGAAAACCUCAACCACUGUGAGUUCGCCCUGCUUCGAGACUUUGUCAUCAGGACCCACCUCCAGGACCUCAAGGAAGUGACACACAACAUCCACUAUGAGACCUACAGGGCCAAGCGGCUCAAUGACAACGGAGGCCUCCCUCCGGUGCUAGGAAAACACAGACCAAGAUUCGGUGGACCAGGAGAAAGAGGGAGAAGGCCUCCUGGGCACUGUCCUUCCACCCGUGCCGGCCACCCCCUGCCCCACUGCUGAAUGAAGGCCAUUUCAAGUGCUGCUUCUCCCUCCAUCCCUCCCAGCUGUUAUUGCUGCAGGGCCGUGGCCUUUUUAGUGCCAUGCUUGCCCAGCCCACCACCACAGCCCCCCCUCAGCUCUCAGCAGGUUGGAGGGGCCAAGCUGCCUCUUUAGGGCAGUUGCUUCCUCCGUUUGUCCAAACCACCCCUCUCCUCCCAGUGGAAUGGAGCUCUCGCCAGCACUGCCCUCCUCCAUCGUCCGGUCCCAGCCCAUCCGUAGGGUGAAAGAACUCAUCAGGAGCUCCUUCUGCCCUUGCAAACCCGUACCAGCUACUUGCAGCCAUCUCCAAGGGCAAUGGCUUUGCUCCCUGCCCAUUCAUCUGCAUGAGCUCCUCUUGGCUUCCUUCAAGGGUCAAGGAAGCGACUUUUCUGCUUGUCAGGUUUGUUGACGUCAGCUGUGUGAGCCCCAGUGUGGGGCAAGGGUGUCUCCUUCAUUGCUUAACGCUUAUUUAUAAUGAUGGGUCACUAUAGAUGUGGGGGAGCAAGGGCUAGGGUCGCUUAAAAAAAAUCACCACUUGUGGCUGGCCCAGAGUGCAGUUUCAGGCACACACACACACACCCUUACCCCCAUAACACAGCCACUUAGGAAGAGUAGUUUUCCUGAAGAGACUUUUCUGGAAUUGACUUCCUUAUCCUCAAACUUAAAAAGAACUUAACAGACACAAAACUCCAGAACCCCAUGGGAUGGGAAUUCUAGGGAGGGGAAAAAAAAAAAGCACCCUUCUGUCCACCUAGCAAUAAGAGGAAUCUCUUUCCCAUCUACCCUGACUACUCCUACCCCCGCCUCCACCCUGUUAAUGUGAGUAAUGAAUUAGCCUGGCCACAGUUGGUCACUGUAGGCUAGUGGAAAAUGCCCACUGGGGGGCAAAGCCCCCCAUCAGAUGCAUGAAUGUUUGCGAAUGUUGGCCGCCACUGCCCCACAUACUGUGUCUUUAUGGGAUCUCCCUCCCCCCGGCCACCCACCCCUACCAUCUCCACCUGGACACUACUUUCUCAAAGGCUGGUGACCUGUGGGCCAUUCAUCUACAACUAAGUCCUGAUGGAGCAAAAGGCCCAAGCCUAGGGGAUGCAAGAACGACCCAUUCCUUAAAUGUUACCAGUCCCAGCCAGCCUUUUGGCGACAUUAUGGUUAAAUUCCCCCAAUUGAAAAUAAGCCAACAGACACUCAAACUGGUUGUGUAAAUGUUGCUAGACUUUGUGUUGUACAACUAAACAUUGCUGUUUGAACAAUAA